UUGACAAAUCCAGGUUAUAUUUGUUUAUAAAUAAAUAUUAAAUAUAAAAUCAUGGAAAUUAUCAGCCCUGACAAAGAAUCUAUUAACAAAAAUGAAUAUUCAAAAAGAUUUCAAGAAGACAUGUGUCGUGUUUGUUUAACAGACAAAAAUUUACAACCACUAUUCAUAGAAUUAGAUGAUUGUUUAGAUGCUGGGAAUGUAAUAUUAAAUAUGUUUAUUCUAUGCACAUCUCUGGAAGCCUCCUGGAACGACCGGUACCCCAAACACAUUUGUUUUAGUUGUCUUGAAGACUUAUUCAAAUCAUAUGAAUUUUGGAAAAAGUGCAGGAAAUCUGUCGAGCUGUUGAAUGAAAUCAAAGUUGAAAAUGAUAUCGAGGAAGGUGAGAAUAACAAUAGUCAAGAUCCUUUGUCAAAUACUAAUAGUCCGAGUAAAAUCAUACAAAAUAGUUCUACGGUAGCAUGUAAUCGUACACCAUCAAAGGAUUUGGUGGAAAUUAAUCUAGGCACAAAUAGCAGUGAUUAUAAUAUUAAUUUGAGUAAUGUUGAGACUUCCCCUGAAAGUUCUUGUAAAAAGGGCAGUCAUAACAAUAGCAUUGAUGAAGAUUUGUUAUCAAUAUUAGAUGUUAAGGCAAAACCAAAUUAUGAUGAUGUUGAUUUUUUGUUGGACAAUACUCCACGAUCUGUUUGUAAAGAAAACAAUGAACAUUUAGAUAAUUUUAUUAUAAAAGAAGAGUCCAUGGGAUAUGUAGAAGCAGAGGCUCUUUCAGAUGAUAAUGAAAAAGAUAGUUCAAACCCAAACGAUAAGGUAUUUAAUCCAUUAAGUUAUUUAUUAGAUAGUAAUGAGACUUUAUAUAAUUGUACAGAAUGUUCUAAAGAAUAUAAAUCCUUUAGUGCUUUCAAAAAUCAUUUACGCACCCAUUCCGGUGAAAAGCCUUAUACUUGUACAGCGUGCAAACAAAGUUUCAAAUCAGCUCGUGACUUGAAUACGCACAUGUUUCAACACAAUAGCGAGAGACGAUACAGUUGUAAAUACUGCGAUAAAAAAUUUCAUACCUCAACAAUCCUAAAAAAACACACAUUAUUACAUUUUGGUUCAUAUUUAUGUCAAAUAUGUGGUCAUUCCUUCAAAUCCAUGGACUACUUACGUCUACACUCUGCCACACAUUCAGACUUACGACCAUAUGAAUGUGAAAUAUGCAAAAAAGCUUUCAAAUCUAAAUCCACUCUCUACACCCACAAACUCACACACAGCGGUAUCAAAAAGUACCCUUGCCAAUUCUGCCAAAAACGAUUCACAACAUGCAAUUUGAGACGAGUCCACAUCAGAGUCUACCACGAGACAGCAAGCCCUUAUCAAUGCAAAUUAUGCCCAAAGACUUUCAAACUAGCCAGCCGUCUCAGGACUCACGAAAAACUCCACACCAACGAAAAGCCUCACAAGUGUCCUGAAUGUGUGAUGGCUUUUGUUAAUUCGGCUGGGUUGAGGAGGCAUAUGGUUACGCAUACGGGUGAGAAGAAUUUCAAGUGUGAAUUGUGUGAUAAGAUGUUCUCGCGAUACCAGUUUGUUAAACAGCAUAUGAUCACUCAUACGGGGGAAAGGAAUUUCAAGUGUGAAAUUUGUGGAAAGGCAUUUACGCAGGCACAUGUUUUGAGGACUCAUUUAAAAACGCACGAGGAAAAACGGCGAUUGUAA